AAUUUGGUAGGAUCGAGCGCUCCGAAGAGGCUUAUCUUGUUAGCAUGAUGAGUAGAGGGGCAGAUACAUUGUUUCUACGGAUAGUUUAGGCACAUGGAGUAACUGAAAAAGAACGUUGAGUGACUGCGCUUUGUGAAAAAAGAGAAAAUGUUCGUGAUUCUGAAGCAGGGAUCUCUCGCGUGGGGUGGGAGUCGGUCGGGCUGGGCUAAGGGGCUCAUUUUUGCAGGCGUGUGCUGUCGUCUCCAAUAGAUUUCGCCUCUCUUUUUUUUUUUAAAGCGUGUUUUACGUUUUUCAUAUGGUGAGUGAAAACAACGACCGAUAUAGGCAAAUAUGUGAUAAAAGGAAGAAUCAAUGAACCGUUGAGAAAAAAGAAGUUGGCUGGGUGGAUCGGAGGAGAGCUUCAACGUGAAUCCGGAAUGGUGGCAAGGAGCACAGAGAAUCUUGAAAGUGCAGGCGACCCACAUUCACGUUCUGUGGGCACAGCCACCAGUGUCAAGUCAAAAAUGAGCAAAAGACUGUCAAGUGUGAAAGGUCACUUCCCCAAGUUGGUAGACUGUGCUCACUUCCAUUAUGAGAAUGUGGAUUUUGGAGCCAUUCAGUUGCAGUUUGAAUCUGAACAGAGUAAUUCAGGCAGUGAAGCAGCAUCUCCCAAGGACCUUGUUUUUCUUGUGCAAGUGUCAUGUCAGGGAAGAUCUUGGAUGGUUCGGAGGACAUAUGAAGAGUUCCGAACUCUGGACAGUCAUCUCCACUUAUGCAUCUAUGACCGGCGCUAUUCACAAUUAAAUGAACUUCCACCAGUUAAUGAAAUUUUAGAAAGAAAUGAGUUUUCUCUGUUGUUAUCGGAUUAUCUUAAAAGGCUAUCCAUGAUUAUUGAUAACAAGCUAAACUGUGGCCCUGUCCUCACAUGGAUGGAGAUUGAUAACAGAGGAAACCGUUUUCUCCUGAAAGAAGAAGCUUCCCUUAAUGUCCCUGCUAUAGGUGCAGCACAUGUAAUCAAGCGCUAUACUGCCCAAGCAAGUGAUGAGCUCUCUAUUGAGGUAGGAAAUAUUUUGUCAGUAAUUGACAUGCCACCAAAAGAAGACACGAGCUGGUGGAGAGGCAAGCAUGGAUUUCAGGUUGGCUUUUUUCCAAGUGAGUGUGUAGAGCUGAUCAAUGAGAAACUGUCUCAGGCCGUGAAUGCUGCAGGACUUAAACAAGACUUGGAAAGUGCUGGUUCAAAAACGGGAGCUGUGGCUGUAACAGGGUCAAUUUCACCUUCAUCGGUCUCUAAAAAGCAUGGAAAAUUGAUUGGCUUUCUAAGGACCUUCAUGAAAUCACGUCCAAGCAAACAAAAGUUAAAGCAAAGAGGAAUACUGAAGGAGAGGGUGUUUGGCUGUGACCUUGGGGAACAUCUGCUUAAUUCAGGCCAUGAAGUUCCACAGGUUUUGAGAAGUUGUUCAGAGUUUAUUGAAAAACAUGGAAUAGUUGAUGGAAUUUAUAGACACUCUGGUAUUUCUUCUAACAUUCAAAAACUAAGGCAUGAGUUUGACAGUGAGAUCAUCCCAGAUUUGACUAAUGAUGUGUAUAUGCAAGACAUCCACUGUGUGGGUUCUCUGUGUAAACUCUACUUUCGUGAGCUACCCAACCCUCUCCUCACCUAUCAGCUGUAUGAUAAAUUCGCUGACUCGAUGUCAGUCAGCACUGAAGAAGAGAGAUUGAUUAAAAUUCAUGACGUUAUUCAGCAACUUCCUCCACCUCAUUACAGAACUCUUGAGUUCUUAUUGAAGCACUUGUCUCAACUUGCACUAUGUAGCUCAAAAACCAACAUGCAUAUCAAGAACCUGGCAAUUGUCUGGGCACCAAAUCUACUUCGAUCAAAGGAGAUUGAAUCAAUUGGGCUGUGUGGCACGGAUGCUUUCAAGGAAGUUCGGGUCCAGUCAGUUGUGGUGGAAUUUCUCUUAAACCAUGUAGAAAUUCUCUUCAGUGAUUCAUUCACUUCUGUUGGAAAGUCUACUACAGCGGGACAGCCAUCCCUUACAAGGCCAAAAUCGUUCAUGGUCUCCUCUCUGUCAACUCGGCUGUUGUCUUUGGAAGAGGCUCAAGCCAGGACUCAAGCAAGUCUUCUGUGUGCAGAUCAAAGUGGAAUUCUUGGACUACGGGAAGGUCCAGUAUGCUUUCAAGGAAAAUAUCACACAGUCCUUGAUAUGCCACCUGAAAGGAGAAAGAGUGGUAUGAAACUACGUAAAUCGGGUGGUGGAAGCUGGAAAGCUUUCUUUGCCAUUGGGAAGCAAGGUGGCAGGAAACCAACAAGGGUUCGGUCCCUCUUCCAGUCUUCUCGGACAGAAACCGGAUCAGGUAUCGAGACUGUGACUUUGAGAUCAGCUAGAAGCGAAGAAUCCUUGUGUUCUCAGCACAGCACUGCUGGCCUAUCAAGACUUCAUCGUCUCCGCCGGCCUCGUUCUAGUAGUGAUGCCCUCUCUAUUACCAUGGAAACAGAAGUAUCUUCACUGAAGCAUUGCCGUUCUUAUGACAGUGUUCACAUAGAGGACCCAGAGGGCAUCUAUAUGUUGCCUGACUUCUCCAAUGAGGCCUCACUUUGGAUGACUGAAGAUGAAAUGGAUUUCAGUCCUACUUACUCUGAUGAAAAUGGGUUAGAUUUAAAUCCACCCCCCUAUCAUUUAGGUUUCCAGAGGCCUGUAACCGAAGACCCAGAUUCUCUGCUAAAUCACUCUGAAAUUCUUGUGAGAAAAGGUAGCACUGCCCUUCAUUCUCAGCGAGCUCAGUCAUACUGUCAGCAUAGGACUUCAUCUGUCGUGAAGGCUUUACCACAAGGUUCAGAUGUUACAAGCCCUAUUCAUGAGAAGCCUGGAAAAUCAACAUCUUUUACAAAGAAGGUGGUUCAUGCUCUUUCUCCUAAAGGAACUAAGUCCCUACCCAUGGAUAUCUCUGAUCCUGUCGCAAUAUCUGUUCCAGCUAAAGUCCUUGAGAUGAUUGGUGGAAGAGCAGGGGAGUUCCAGAGUGCUUGUGCACCCCCCCAGCAGCCUCAGAUGAUCUCUAUGCUCUUAAAGUCUUGUGAUAUUCAACUUACAGAGAGCUGCCAGCAAGAAAUCAAGAACAAACUUUCCUUUGAUUCAGGAAAGUUUAAAGGCCAAUCUCUCCAUUCCUAUCUCUCUGAUCAUUCCCACACAGCAGAUCGGCCUCCACUGCAAGCAGGUCUCUUGCCUUCAUCGUCUCUAAAUCAUCAAGUGCCCCCACCACCUCCUCCAAAAAACCCUGCUCGCCUAAUGGCUUUGGCCUUGACUGAAAGUGCGAAUAAAGCAAUAAAACAAAACCGUGGUACUACUGGCUUACGAGAAAAUCGUCCAGCUGAUAGUGGUAGCUCGGGCAUUCCCUUAGAAACUCAGUUCAUGAGGUCUGUAUCGAUGGACUCCAGUGAUUGCCCUCCUUCAGCAACCAAUGCCAUCUACUCAACUGUUCGCCCUUUGUCUGUCUGGAAACCUGAAAAAGUGAGUCAGGCAUCACAUGAGAAAGAAACUGUGGAUGGUCAGCAACUCUCCCCAAGUCAUCGAGUUCAGGAAACUGGUGCUAUUUCUUCUCAGACUUCUCUUUCUGAUUCAGCGGCUUCGGGAUCAGAGGUCUCGACCAGCAGCUCAUCUGGCGAAACUGACUCUCGACCCCUUCAUAAACCUCAGCAACUUACAAUUCCUUCUGUCAUGGCCAGUGCUGCAUGUCAGCCACAGGAUAAACCGCCAGAUGUUUUGAAUCAGCAUUCUGCUUCAAUAGCCGGAGAGGCUUGGAUGGAUGCCACAAAACAGUUUCUUAUACGAAAAAAGGUUCCAACCUAUACUCGACAGUAUUCAGCCCCCCAUCUUCAUAGUAAGCACCCAGUUCCACCUCCUAAGCCUGCUAACCUCCAACGCUUCCAACAUUCUAAAUCUGAGAGCACUCCGGCUGUGCAUAGCAGCACAUCUUUGAAAGAAUUUCAACCCACCCGCCCCAAACUACCACCGAAACCAACAGACAUCAUGAUAACACAAUGUUUGCCAUCUCGGGGUGAAAGUUACUCCAAGAAGUCUUUAGACCAGAAAAAAUCUAGGAUGCUGCUUACAUCUCAGUCAACACAACCACCACCCUUUCUCAGAAAUGAUUCAGAUAAAAUAUGCCAUGUUAAACCCAAAUCCCAAAUUAAUUCAGAUCAUCGGUCAGGUAACCUUGGUACAUAUGUGCAGGGUUAUGAAGACAGAUCCAUCAAUAAUCCCAAUCCAGAGAUCAUGGCAAACCAGUCAGAAAACUUUUAUUACGAAAUUGCAUCAGAGCCACAGGUUCCACCAGAUCACAGAUAUAUUCAUCAGAAUGCUGAGAACCAGAUGAGAUUUGAUGGAGGCUCCAACCACCCAAUCAGAUCAGGACAUGAACAUGUAAUGGCAGACCGACAUUUAAGGAAUUUUAGUCUGUCAGUGAGACCCCAUCUUUGGACUGGUAUUCAAUCAAACAUGAAGUUCAAUAUGGAACAAUCACCGUCUGGUCAAGCUGGUGCAUCUGGUUACUUGCGGUCAGCUGGUCCACACUAUUCUAAUACUCCUCAUGAUCACAUUCCACAGCAGUUUUCUGGUCCUUUUAGGAUGGUUCCCAUGUCUCGUACGGAGGUGCCCCCUAAUCAAGAUCCUGUAGCUUACCAGAGAAAGCUGUACAGAAUGCAGGGUUCAACACCUACAGAUAUCAGCACUUCACAGCUUCACCCCUACUUCGAAAAUGGUAAGGUGUGUUAUAGAUACAUUGAUGCAGGAGCCACAGUAGAAAGCAGUUCUAGGAUACAACAAGACAUUCAAACUCAAGUUCCUCGAACCCGAACUUCGGUGAUACCAACAAAGCUCCUGAGUUCACAGGAAAAUCAGGAACCCAUUUAUGUCAAUUUUCCUUUCAAAUCAGGGAAAACCUGGGCAACUACUAACCUUGAUGGUGAUCACGAAAACCACCAGUCGGAUCCCACCCCACCGGAAGGUCCAAGUGAAAGAGCCAGUACAAAUAUUUCGCCAGAUUUGGAUGAGUAUAAUUUAGAACGAGAGUCCAUUAAUCAGUCAGCUGGCUCUUUCCAAGGAGCUAGCCGGCCUGUGAUUUCUCAGUAUGAUAACAUGUCUGCAUCUAUGGGUCAGGAAAUGGUAGGCCCAGAGGUAAUUCACGUCAGAAGUAGAUCUGACCCUGGAAGCACCAGGGCUGAAAGUCCAAAAGAAGUGGAUAAAGGUAAAAAAGACCCAGUAAGUCCCGCAGAUGUGGCUUGUGUACAUUCCAUUUGUCCUUUGCCAGCACCUGAGUUGCCUUCAACAGCUCAGCCUCAAAGGAAGUCUGGGAUAGACAUGUGUAGCACAGAAAAUUCAAAACCACAAUGGGAAGGCAUGCCGCUGGCUCCAAGGAAUAUUCUUGGUCUUCAUCCAGAGUCUUUAAGGCGAUCCUCCACUUCUGGAGGACACUAUCGUCAGUCAUUUGAUGUUAUGCCAUCUGGAGAUCAAAUUCUCAAGUUCUAUAGGGCAGCCCAGCAGUUUAUAACACACUCUCCACCUGUGUUUGUUCCUCAUUCUAGUUUGGAUGAACACAGCUCCUACUACUGUACAAGGCAGCAGGAGAUAAGUGCAAAACCUGCAUAUUCAAAACAGUUUCAAGUUUCCAUGUCGGCACAUGAUCCAAAUUUCAGCGUUCCUCCCUCAAAUCUGGCACAUCUCUCCUUGACUAUGUCUGGGUCACCGCAAGUACCUCAAGCUCAAAUAGGUUACGGUCCUGGAGGAUUCCCUGUAAUAGCUGGUCAUUACAGUUCCUACCAGUUGCAGUCGCCUUCUUUCCCAUUCAGUAACCAUCAAGGCAAUGUGCACAGGAGGGACGUGAUUGUCCCAGCUUUGGACCCAACAUUUCGCCCCUCCCACCGAUCACAAGCAGGCAUUGUACGGCAAGGCAGCCUGCCAGCAGCAAACUGGACAGUGCACACUGAAGGGCAAACUAGGAGCUACUGCUGAGAAUCUGAAAUCCCACAUUAUGGAAAUUUUAUGGAGUGUGCACACUGACUGUAUUGUGAGGGUAAAAAUGACCAGAAUGAUGUCUUAAGUAAAUGUAGUAUCUCCUGGCUUGUGCCACUGUUUGCCUACUUUUCAAAUAACUAUACUACCUAACUGGCAAGUAAACCUUGUGCUAAACUGUUGAGUUUGCGGUGUGGAUACCUCUCUUAGUGGUGGAAAUACAUUCCAUUUAAUGUAUUAUAAUAAAUGAACCCAUAGAUGGCAGCUCUCUACAAUCCCUAGUUUAAAAAUCAUGUGUAAGCAGGCAGGAGUAUGGAGUGAUAUAUUCGGAAUGCCAUUCUCAAAUCUACAGUACAUUGGUGAUAUUUGUUCUCCUAUCUAAACAAUUGCCUUACAUAAAGCUGCUUCUUCACCUUAUUGAAAGACUACUGUAAAGUAGAAAAAUAUGUAAAUGUCCCAAAUGUUUAGUUUUAUUGUUAUUUUUAAUACAAUAUUAUGUGUAUCAGUAUUACUGACUUGUUUUAAUAAUUAUGUAGACCUUGAUGAUAAAAAAAAGCACAUUAAAAGGAAGCAAUUCUUCCUUUUGGAAUUAAUUUUUUUUUUCCACUUAACGUCCCUUUGUUUCUUGCACUCACUUUUAAUUUUUAGCAAAGCACUAGUUUAUUAUGUUAACAGUCACAUGAAUUACCCUGCUUAUGCUGUCUGAGGUAUUGACAACAAUUAUCAAUGCUUGAUUUUUGGCGGUUUUAAUUUAUUUAAAUUUUUACUUUUAAAUAUAACCCUAAAAAAUAGUACUGAGCCUCUUACAUCUCAAUAGAUAACACAACGUGUGGAUACAGUAAUGUAUUGUGAAGCCAAAUCAUUUUUGGGGAAAAUCUUGCAUAUGAUUUUUAAAUUUCAGUGUUUUUUUUUUUUUUUUGGCUUUGUUUUUUACGAAAAAUAUUUAUUUAUUUGGUUAAGCAGGGAAGACAAUGUGCUAGAGAAGAUAGCCUAUGCUAUUUCACCUGACUAAAUGUUCUAGAUUAUGAAUAGAAUUUUAAAAUUAAUUCUCAACUGUAACGAACUGUGAACUUGUAUUCUUAAAGACCUGCAUUUGCCAUAAGAAAGAGAAAUGUCUUUGUGAGACAACAAUGUAUAUUUUGAUGUUUUACUCUUCUCACUUGCUGUUGUGUGCAAUUACAGGUGUGUAGUGUGCUCAUCAGCUUUUGUGAUUCUAAUGUAAUCAUGUGUGAUUAUUUUUUAUCAUCAAGACUGUAAAUAGACAAGAAAAUGCACUUGUGAACCUGGGGUUUUUUUUCCAAGAAGCAGAGGGUGUAUAACCAAAAGGCUUUUUUAUUUUCUUGCUUUUUAUUUUUUUGUGCAUUUCUGCAGCUUGGUGUGGAAGGGACGGCAUUACAAACCAAUAAAACUAAACUUGAUAACUCAAAUUCAGGGAAAGUGUACAUUAUGAUAGCAUAGGAGUUUCGAAAGAAUUUUAUGUGGCACAAAAUCACAGGGUUGGAAUAUCUUUAUGGCAGACGACAAAGUGUGUGUGGCAUGCUUUCUUCUGUUCAUAUCUGCAGAGUAUUGUGGCUCACUUUAGGAGUAAGAAUUAAUCCCUUUUUGUAUUUCACAUAAAAGCGUGGGACUUGACUGUGAAUUUGAAAACCUGUUGGUUAAGAAAAAGCAGAAACCCACCUAUUAAAAUGAUGAUGUCUUAUGAUUGUUUUUUUCAUUUCUAACCGAGAGUAAGAGUCCAAAACAUGACUUGAGAUUCCUAUCAUUUGCCUUACAAUGUAAAACCCUUCACUUUUAUUAUUUUUUUAUUUGCAUUGACCACUAGCACAAUUUAGUCUCUUAUUUAAUACAGUGUAAUAUAUAGUGUAUUUUAGAGGUUUUUACUUGUACUAAAACUUAUUCGUUUUUAAUGUUUUGUGAAAAAAGUAAAAAUGCAAAUACUGCUGUUUGGCAGUUUGUAAUGUUGUCAGGGUGAAAUUCACUCCAUGCAAUGGUAAGUAGCACUUUCAAACGUGGAAACAAAUAACUCCUUGACCUAUGCCAACCAAAAAUGCUAAAUGCUCCUUAAACUAGUACUACAACCGAUUUAAAACCUCUCCGAUUCACUCAAACUAUUGGAUAAUCAAAGCAAUUAGUUUUGAAAUUGUACAUAAGGAAUGCAAAUGUUUGCUUUUACAGAACAUUCUCAGUUUAGGUUGCAGAAAGUUUUAAUUUUAACUCCAUUAAUUGCAUUUUGGCUCAUUUUUCCGAUUAAAAAUUGUUCCCUAAUAAAAAACUGAAUUCAGAGAAAGCAGUCCUUGAUUAAUACUGAGUUUUACUAUUAUAUGAAAUUACUUGAUGACAAAAUGACUUGAUUCAAUUAUGAGGAGGUUUGCCAAAGGAAGUCAAACGAUUUAUGGUACUUUACUAAUCUUUUAUCAAAAACUCCCAGUUUUACAAUGCAAUACAAUUAUUUUUGUGUAGUCCAAAAUCACACAAGAAGUGCCGCAACAGGCUUUAGCAGGCCCUGCCUCUUGACAGCCCCCCAGCCUUGACUCUCUAAGAAGACAAGGAAAAACUCCCAAAAAAAAAACCUUGUAGGGAAAAAAUGGAAUUUUACGUGGGCUUUACUUGGGUGUGUGCCGUGUGGUUUGACCUAUGCAGUAUGAAACAGUUUUCCCCUCUUUGAUGAUAUAAUUGCAAAUGUUCAUUCAUUUUAGGCAUUUCUGAGGGGUUUUAGCAUUUUGCUUUCCUUUGGCUGCAUGUAUACAUUAAAUAGCUUGUGUACCUUACUGGUCUAAAAAAGAAGUUAACCGGCAAGUCUGCAGUGGACUUUAAUAAAUUGGUGAGUGCCUGUUAAAGCCCUCUGCUUUGUUGGGAGAGGGGAUAAAUUGCACUGCUGUCCGCAGUCUAAUGUGUUGCUGAUUCACCUAAUUUACAGCCUGUUCUUUAU